AUGGCCGAAAAUGCUGAAGCUGAAGCCGCCGGUUCAACCGUCACGGUGCAUACCCUGGCUGAUGCCAUCAAUGUGCCUCCGCCUCAGGUUAUCGUUAUAGAGGGAGACCACCAGGUGAAGAAUGAGGAGAAACUCCCCAGUACAACAGAGGACCUUUGGGUUAGUUCCGCUGAUGGUCGGUAUUGUUCUGCGCCCGUACCAAUACGAGUUGGUCCCUUGAAUAAUAUGCAAACAUUCUAUGUUCACAGAGAUGUACUUAUUCAGGCCGAGUGGUUUCAGAAAGCCCUCUGUGGAAACUUCAGGGAAGCUAGUGAGCAAGUCAUUGACUUGCCCGACCAAGAUCCAGCUACUUUUCACUUUCUAGUCGCCUUUCUGUACGAGGGUCGCUUUGAGCCUAUCAAACCAGCAGCGAGCGUAUUAGAACCAGAGGUUGAUAAAGGAAAGGGCCUUGAUAUCGAAUCAGAACCGGCAGAGGCCUCAGAUUCAAGCUCAUCAAGCAGCAACACCGGCUCUGGAAGCUCUGGCACCUCGUGGCAACGUCGACGUCAAGCUCGACGGGCUAGACUCGCCGAGGAAGAAGAGAGACAGGCAAGGCAGGAGAAGCAUCCAGGCCAUCAUCGCCCAGGAUGUCCCUGCCCUCGUUGUCUCGCGAGACGCGACUAUUCAAGAUGCUGGCAAUGCGGCGCCCAGCGAUCCCGUGAUAGUAAUUCUGCUGCCCACCCACUCUAUGGCCGAGGGGCUCCUAGGCAAGGAGUACGACCUCCAAUGCAUUACCCACCGCCUGUGCACAUCGAAAUACCUCCUCAGCAGAUCCAGCCUGAGCGCAUCGCCGGUGAGGAUCUACGGACAUGGUUCCUGGCAUACGAGCUCAACCUGGACGUUUACAUCUGCGCAAAUCGAUUCCUCAUGAAUGACUUCCAAAAGACCGUCAUGCGGUCAUGUGUGGAUAUGCUGGAGACUGCAGGGUGGGAUGCCGCACAGCCAGAGAUAAUGUAUCUCUGUAGGAAGCUAUAUCGCAGCGUACCAGAGGUAGAUGAGCUACUCAAGAUGGUCCUGGCACGCGUGGGCUUCCUCCAGCCAUUGCUGUGGAAGCGUGCUCCCGAGGAGACGAGCGAGUUCUUGAUCAGCAACCCAGAGUUGGCUGCUACUAUUCUCAGAGAGACUGUCAUGAGGCACUCAGUACCGGCGCCGGGUUUACCUUCGAUGGAGCAUCUUCACACUACGGCUUAUGAGGAUGAGUGGCAGCGUCUGGGGCAAACACCUGCGCGCACGCACAGCUACAAUUAUUAG